AUGCAUCCUGGCAAUUGUCAAAUGAAUGGAGAUGGUGGACUCGAUGGUAUCGGUGGUGGAGACGAAUCCGUAUUUGGGACGAUCACGCUAGAGGAUCUGGAAUCUUUUUCGGAAGACCAGCUGUCAGAUUCGGGCAAUGGAAGUCUGGAAGAAGAGAGUGAGACGAUGGAGUACGAAGGGCAGCAAGACCGAUUGCUGCGCUACUGGCAGGACGCUGCUCGAGGACACCAAGUCGAAGUGCCUCAAGACAUGGCCGAGCCCAUCCAGCAGAUCACCAGCAACAACGGACAACACCACCGGGAGCGCGUGCCCUUCACCCUCAGCACUCAUAGGGAGAAGUGUGGGGACAUGCUUUAUGAGAAACGCCACUAUGAGAAAGCCCACUGGGCAUGCAUCACGGUUCACGAGGACACCUACGAGCAGAGCAUCUGUUACGGUUUCAUGAAGCUCAUGAGAUACAUCUGCCAGCAGAACUCCUCAGGUACCUAUCUGGGUAUGACCAUCCCUAUCCUGACGGUGAUCCGCACGGACGAGAACCACUCGGUCUUGUCCAGUGACGUCACUGUGGCCUACUACCUGCCCACAGAAUACCAAGCCCAGCCACCCCAGCCUUCUGACACUGAAAUAAUUAUUGAGGAAUGGCCUGCCACUACUGUAUACACAAGGGCCUUCGCUGGUGCUACGAACGAGGUGACCAUCAUCAACGAGAUCCACACCAUGGCGGAAGUGCUCGACUCCCCCGCCAUAUGCGUGAAUGGCUCAUUCAUUGUCGCCGGCUACACAAACCCCGCGGCGGUAAACCGACAGAACGAGAUUUGGUUCCUGGAGCAGCCUUGAGGGCCAGCCUGUACUUGACCUCUCCUCCUGAACUUGACCCACCCAACACCCCGUCCUUAUCUGACCCUACCGAUUCACCCCUAAUGGAAACCCCUUCCCAUUUUAGAAAGAGAAGAGACAUUGGGACUUUGCUGAAAAAGGUCCUUAUUAAACAGUUCUGAGCAAGGCUGCAUCAUUUGGGUCCAUUAAUCCUCU